AUGGGCUGUGCAUCCAGCACUCCCAUGGUUGCAACGGCGGGCAGCGAAAUGCUGAAAGCCGCCACCCAUGUCAAGCAGAAGGGCGAGGCCGCCGUCGAAGACGCCUCUCAGACGCUGACCACUACUCUGGACACGGCCAAGGAGACCGUUGGCACGGCAGUGGCUGGGAUUACCAAUGAGCUGGGCAACGCCUUCAAGGAGGGAACCCAGGCUCUAGACGAGGCCAAGCACAAGGUGAUGGAGGGUCUCCACCUGGAACAGCCGCAGGAACAAUCCCAGGAGGCGCCACCUACAGAAGAAGAUGGAGGGGCUACGACUGCGGCUGAUGUUGCUGAGAUGAGCUCAUCCCGGGCUCCAACACCCCAGCUGCAGGGAGAUGGGGACAGCCUAAAGACCUCCACGCCGGAACCAGAGAUUGAGCGGGCGCUGGCCACCGAGGACGAGAGUCCGCCCACGCCGAAGCCCUCGCUGGAGGAGAUGGUCAAGCUGAGUGCCGAGGUUUCGCAGGUGGCGGAACCAACUCCAUCGGCGGCUCCUGUCAGUGAGAAGCCUGCCGACCAGGCUCCGGCCACCGAAUCCUCCGCGCCUGUGGAGAGUCGCAAGGUACGUCGACGUUUCGUCCAGAAGAAGAAAUCAGAAAAGGAACAGGAGCAGCCACGACCCAGCACCACCGAGUGGGAGAAGUUCGCGGAUCAACUGGCCAAGAGCAAAAAGUUCAAGCCUUACGAGAGCUUCGCCCAUAGCCACAACAAGUUCUCCGUGUACCAGGACCACACUAGCCUGCGGGACAAGCCGAACCACUAUGAUGGCCACUUCAGCGGGGGCAACUCGCUGAGCGCCUCCCAGUCGGAUCUGUCCAGCGGCCACGUGACGCCUGCUCCGGCACGCCGAGGUCAGCGGGAGUACGCCAAAUUCGUGGGCUCCGAGCAGCCAGGAAGUGUGUCGCGGAACAGCUCACGACUCUCGAAUCCCGCCGCUUCCAGGACCUUUGACUUUAAUCCACAACGCGAUCGCAUCAGUCUUCCUAUGGCCACCGGUCGCAUCGGUUCGGGCAUCCAGAGACUUCCAGCCGAGAGGACUCCCGGUUGGGGCCGGGGCAGACCAGCGCCCUUGGAGGAGGAGCCCAGCUUUGGCCGGAGGAUGAGCUUGGGUCUGGUAUCACAGCCCCUGCGACCGGACAGGGAGAAGUUUACGCCCUCUAUGAAUCGCAGGGCAGUGAAACCGAUUUCGUCAGUGAAGGAAAAAGCGUCAAAGAAGCAUCCUCCCAAGAAUAUCUCUUCCAGAGAGUCUUCCCACUUGGAGUUCGAAUCCCGAAAAGCGGACAAGAGUCCCUCCCGGGUAGCGAAACCUUUGACUAAGGAUGUAGUGCGCUCCAGGGAGCCGUCUUAUAAUGAAUUCGAUUCUUUGAAGGGAGAGAACAUUCCAUUGAGAACACAAAAUUCUUUGGAUAAGCUAAAGAAGUCUCCAAAGAAAAUCUCUUCCAGAGAAUCAACUUAUAUGGAGUUUGCAUCUAAAACAGAUGAAAAGAGUCCUUUGAGAACACAAAAGCAUUUGGCAAAAGAUGUCCUGCGUUCAAGAGAGCCAUCUUAUACUGAGUUUAGUUCGCUUAAAGGAGAAAGGACUCCUUUAAAGGUAGGAAAACCCCUGGGGAAAAAUGUAGUGCGAUCCAGAGAGCCAUCUUUUACCGAACUUCCGUAUCAAAAAACCGAAAAAAGUCCUUUAAGGGGACAAAAGGCAGUACAACGAUCCAGAGAGCCAUCUUAUACCGAGUUUAGUUCCCUUAAAUCAGAAAAGACUCCUUCAAGGGCAGUAAAACCAUUGGGGAGAAAUGUAGUUCGGUCCAGAGAGCCUUCUUUUACUGAGAUUCAAUAUAUAAAAACUGAAAAGAAACCAUUAGCAACACAGGCUCUACGAUCCAGAGAGUCAUCUUAUUCCGAAUUGAAUUCCUGUAAAGCAGCUGAGAGUCCUCUAAAUAUAGGAAAACCCGUGGGCAAGGCUAUACUUAGCUCCAGAGAGCCCUCAUAUACCGAAUUUGAGGCAACGAGGACCGAUGAACGUCCACUAGGAGUUGAAAAAUCUUCAAGCAAGGACAUUGUUCGCUCCAGAGAGUCAUCCUAUUUGGAAUUUGAUUCUUUUAAAACUGACAAAAUACCUUCAUUGUCAAGGGAUAUAAUGAGCUCUCGAGAUUCAUCUGAUAUUGAAUUUGAUUCCUUCAAGACUCCCACCAAGCAAACAACAUCUCCAAGCUCCAAGGAACUCCUACAUGCUUCUUCAGAGCAACUACCUCAGAGACAACUCAGUUCAAGUUCCAAAGCCCAAACCUCAGAGUAUAAAAACCCGAAAAUAUCUUCUGUACCUGAAACACCACAAAAGAACAAAACCCCAGAAGCUCCUCCUUCCACCUCAAAGGUGCCUUCACCUUCGACCUCGCGUCUAUCCAGCGCCAAAUCCUCAGACAGCAGUAACAUGGAUGUGGUAAUCCAGCCCAUGAGCAACCUCAAUCAGGACACGCCCAGCAUGAAGUCCUUCUCCCAGUCACCGGACCAAGUGGUGAUGGAAGGAUACGCCGAUUCAGAUCUAGAGGCGGCGCUGGCAAGGCUCGAGAUCCUAAGGGGAUCCACAGCCACACUGCACUCUCUAAGAUCCUGCAGUCCUGGCCGGCACACCUACACUGCUGCCUCCCUGCUGAGCUCCCGACGCACCUCGCCCUGGGUGAUGAGAAAGGACUACGGCGGCUCCCUCGUUGGCAAGGAGAGUACCCACAAAGUGGCUCAGCCACCAUCCAUCCAACAAACCCUCGAACGCUGCGAUAUUUGCUCUAAUGAGUUUCUUUUAAAGUGA